UAGGUAGUUAUUGCUCGUAUCCGUGUUGAGAUUUUGGUAUGACACCUAUGCAUUGUAUGCUACGCCGAAUGAUUUUGGCAAAGAAUACAAUCUUGGAAUCCGGCCUGGUCGCCUCGGAAGAUGCGUGCCGUCGUGCAGGUAUGGGUAAAUGUCGACGAUUGAAUUUCAUCUCCUGCAGAUCCUUGUUCUAGAAGGGUGCAUUGUCUUAAGUAUUUUUGUUAUUGAUAUGAUUCACCCUAUUCAUAGUAGGACCCCAGCGACCAUUUGCACGUUUCCUCAUUAUCAACAUUACGCUGCGCAGUUUGUGGCUCGUCCAUGCGAGGCUUCACAGGCAUCCCGUCGACACCCUUCCUUUUCCUUCCUUGCCCAAUCUUUGCCUACCUCCUUUGCUGAUUAGAACCCCUGGCCUUCUCUCCUUUGACUCUGUCCCUUCAU